CUCGCCCGCUCGACGCCACCACGGUUCCAACAGCGCCAAACAGGCAACACACCACACCCAAAGCAACCUCUCUUCCAGUCCAGUAGUAGCAGAAAGCUUCUCCUCUUGCCCUUGGACAACACAGCCACAGCCCACAUCCCACAGAGAUGAUGAAGAUGACGAGGCGUUGCGGCAGCAAUACCUCUUCGCCGCUCGCGGCUGUUGUCCUGCUCCUCUUCCUGACGAUGGUCUGCUUCUUCCACUGCGCGGCAGCGGCAAGGCUCCUGCCCGCUGCCGUUGCUCCUCUUGUUCACCAAGGGAAUGGUGCCAAGGCUGCUGCUGCGGCUGUAGAUAAUGGCCUGGUAGUGCUUCAGGAUGGCGCCGCGGGCACUGGGGAUGAUGAGCUCUCGUCUGUCUCCGAGGUGAGAGCAGAAGAGACGAUGAUGAUGGGAGCAGAGGAGGUGGAGGAGCCGGCAACCGAGUGCGAGGAGGGGAACGACGACUGCCUUCAGCGGCGGCUCCUCAGCGACGCCCACCUCGACUACAUCUACACCCAGCACAAGGGCAACAAGCCAUGAUGAGGAGCCUGGAGACGACGACGACGACCUGGACGUCGAUCUGUUGCCGGGUGCUACGGUCGGGGCUGGGCACGUAUGCCGGACAGUCGACGUACGGAGGCCGCUAGCUAGCUUGAUUCUGUCGCUUAACAACAGUGACCAGCAACUAGGAAUUCCAGCAUAUAUGCAUAUGUGUGACGUCUGUCUGUACAUCUCCAUGCCUACAUGGUAGAUUCGAUUUCUUUAGCGUCGAGCAGAGUAUGCUGCAUGAAACGGUGCGUGAAAGGCGACUGCCUAUGCACUAUGCUAGAUUGCUAGUUUACUUGUUUGAUCUACUUACAUCGAGUGUAAUUUGUCUAGCUGUGUACCUAUAUGAAGCUGCGCACCCCCUAAGUUACCACUAUGUUUAUUUGCAAUCA